UAUCAAUGGAAAUCUUAUGUUGUGAUUCUCUCUUAAACGCUCUUUCAUGUUCCGCGUUUUCAUGUCUCCUUCACGUACAAGAUUUCAAUCAAUUGCCUGCGAUCUUCCAUCGGCUUCCAAACGAAGCUUUCGAUUUCCUUUUCGGACUUCGUUACAUAGCAAUCGAUGCUUACAAAUGCAUGGAAAGUUGUCAGCCCCGCAGCAGCAUCGAAUCUAUGAUGACCUCAAAUACACCCAAGUCAAACGUUUCUAGAGCUUGCCGAUGUCUUUGCGGAAGUACUAUAAUUUGUCUGGUUCUAGCUGGUCUCGCAAUUUUCUUGGCCAUCCGUUUUACAGAUUCGGAUUCCCCAGGCGAUGUUUUGCCCGAUGAUUGGGAAGACCUUUUCGACGGUGAAAACACAUUCAACGCCACCGGUCCGGAGGAUGCACCUCGGUGGCAAAACGACGGUAACGGUCUCUCUCUUCAAAUUAUUCAGGCUCUCGACGAACGCUGGAUGCCAUAUUUUGAGCGCUCAGUUCGUCAAUGGGAUACGGGUAAGCCGAGCGUUUUAGAUUUAUUCUCUGUGCCAGUUGCGCAAAGCUCGGAAGUUUCCAGCUCUUGCGGGCCAGUUGAAGGAUCUUUGAAGGUAUGCAACGGAGACUAUGGGGAAACUGGAUGGAACGGAAUCAACGAACUGCUCUUGCUGGAUGAGAGGAUAAUAAUAGCAAGCACAGCCAAGAUGAAUGACUACUAUCUUGCAGACGCCUCCGACAACAGAAAACAGUACACGAUGUGUCAUGAAAUAGGGCACGCUUUUGGACUACCACACACGAACGAAGACUUUCGUAACGAAAAUACAGGAGAAUGCAUGGACUACACAAACGAUCCAAAAGUGAACAUGCAGCCCAAUCAAGAGAAUUUUCUGUUCCUGAGCGAAAUGUACGGUAGGCUACCAAGCUCGGGUGGAGUAGAUGAUAGUGAUGAACCGUCCAGAAAUCAAUCUUCCCCGACUUCUCAGUUGCCUGAAGGCAAUCGGAAACGUGCUCGAGAUUUGCGUGGUAGUCGCCGAUUGUUGGAACACUCCAUCCGUUACGCCCGAGAUACGGUACUUCCGAAAAUAGAAAAUCGAACUGACGGCAAGGAACACGAGGAUGGUUGGCUUCUUCUGCAUCGCUCGGCUCAAGGUAGCUUGCACGAGUUUCCAUUGGGCCCAAGAAUUAGUCUGCGUGUGCGCAAACUAUUCCCUUAA